AUGAAUUGCAAUCUUGGCGUGCCCACGCGGUGUUGGUGUCUCCUGAGCCGCCGCCGCCUUCAAGCUCCAUUGCGCGCCGCUGACCGAGCUCCGCGACCACCGCCACCAGCUUCCGCGCGCCGCCGCCGUCGCCAGCUCCUCGUCCAAGCCACCAGACGCCGCCUUCACCAGACGAUGCCUCUACCUGCGGGCCACAGUAGCACGCGCGCCGACACCAUCUUCAGCAGCGAUCCGCAGCCCCAACCCAAGCGCCGCCGCCACUGCUGUCCAGCACCUCGCGCGCCAACACUCCAACUUCGUGCGCCGCCGCCACCGCCCACGCGCCGCAGCUCCACCAGCAGCUCGCGGCCAACAACCAGCUCUCCUCCAGCUUCGGCCAGGGUCCACGAGCCCGGCGCGCUCAGAGCCCCAGCCGACGCCACCAGCCUUCUCUCGUGCGCGUCACUGGCCUGUCCAAGAGAAGCUGCGCCGCCGCUGCCUUACGCACCUCCAUUGCUGGGCAUCACCACCUGCUUAAAUUAG